CGCCGCCUCACGGCCCCGCCGCCAUCUUGUUUCUCGGCCGCUGGGCGCUCGCUCUGCUCCGGCCUCCCCCUCCCCCUCCUUCCCGCCUCCCGCCGGUCGGGCCGGGGGCAGCGCGGGCGCCGGGAGAAGGCGGAGGAGAUCGCGGCUCCGGCCUCCCCGGAGUCAAGCCAGCUGCCAGUUGCCUGCCCACGACUCCAACAUCCCAUUCCCUGCCCUGGGAAUUGCCUCUCACUGCUGGGUCACAGUCUUCAGUAUUAAGCCACCAGGAUGUCCACAGAUGGUGGCUUUGGCACAGCCAGCAGCAGUGAUGCCCAGCAGAGCCUUCAGUCCUUCUGGCCCCGAGUCAUGGAGGAGAUUCGGAACCUGACAGUGAAAGACUUCAGAGUUCAAGAACUCCCUCUGGCUCGUAUUAAGAAGAUAAUGAAGCUAGAUGAAGAUGUGAAGAUGAUCAGUGCUGAAGCCCCUGUGUUGUUUGCCAAGGCAGCUCAGAUAUUCAUAACAGAACUGACCCUGAGAGCCUGGAUCCACACAGAAGACAACAAGCGCAGGACUCUGCAGAGGAAUGACAUUGCCAUGGCAAUUACCAAGUUUGAUCAGUUUGACUUUCUGAUUGAUAUUGUUCCAAGAGAUGAGCUGAAGCCUCCAAAGCGCCAGGAGGAGGUGCGCCAGGCUGUCACCCCAGCUGAGCCUGUGCAGUAUUAUUUCACCCUUGCACAGCAACCUGCAGCAGUGCAGGUGCAGGGACAGCAGCAGGGACAGCAGACCACUACCUCCACAACCACCAUCCAGCCAGGACAGAUCAUCAUUGCCCAGCCACAGCAGGGGCAGAGCACCCCCGUGACCAUGCAGGUUGGAGAAGGCCAGCAGGUACAGAUAGUGCAGGCCCAGCCUCAAGGACAGACCCAGCAGGCUCAGAGUGGAACUGGGCAGACCAUGCAAGUCAUGCAGCAGAUCAUCACCAACACAGGAGAAAUCCAGCAAAUACCGGUUCAGUUGAAUGCUGGCCAGCUGCAGUAUAUCCGCUUAGCCCAGCCCGUGUCAGGCACCCAGGUAGUCCAGGGGCAGAUCCAGACGCUUGCAGCCAAUGCACAGCAGAUAACACAGACAGAAGUCCAACAAGGACAGCAGCAGUUCAGCCAGUUCACAGAUGGGCAGCAGCUUUACCAGAUCCAACAAGUGACCAUGCCUGCAGGCCAGGACAUCACCCAGCCCAUGUUCAUUCAGUCCACCAACCAAACCUCAGAUGGCCAAGCCACACAGGUGACAGGGGACUGAGUGAGUGGGGACGUUGUAGAAAGUCUCAGCAUGGAAAAGAACAUGGACCAGGCUGGCCACACCAACCUGGCCUGGUGAAUACAUCUGCUUCUGUGUAUCUGUACUUGAUAUCAAGCCUAUAGUAGGCUGCAACCUCCGGUGCACUAUACACCUUCCUCUGGUGGGUAUGAGAGAAUAUCCAGCAGACACUGACAGGAAUGCAAUAUUUUAAUUUUUAUUUUUAGAAAUCAAUAUUUCGGUGUAUUCAGCUGCUUGUCCAAACCCAUAGAAUGGAAAGAGAACUAAUCAAAAGGAAUUUGUAGCAUCUCAUUGAACAAUGUAAAACAUUUUUAUCUAGUAAAAUUAUUAAAGGGUACUGCAUCUGGUUUGUUGUAAGAGCUUUA